UAGCUUGUCAGUUCCCAGGCUUUAGGGAGCGAACACAGGGUCCUCACCAUCACCCUCUGAUCAGGCUGGUUCCGAGGCUCCUUUCGGCGAACCAAAGAGCCUGGAUUUCUCCGCGAGGGAUUCGGUUGAGCGGGGUCUUGUGGGCAGAAACCGGAGUCGAAUUCCGGACCAUUUCUUUGCAACCCUCAAAGGCUUCCUGAAGAAGGGAGGAUUCAGGGCUCUUACUGAUGAUUGCAUGUCGACGAGGCGCUUCAGGUUGGCCUGGAUCCGGGCAUAGAUCGCACCCUUUACCCGGCUAGUGCGUCGGAUCCCCCAAAUUCCUUGGUGCGCGCUGGCGGGGAUGGGUGGAGCGCAGAGGGUGGACUGCGGCCAGCGGAAUCGGGCGUGGCUUAGGACCUGGGGGCGGUUUCCCAGCGCUACGGUGGAACUCCGAAGUUGUGCCUGACCGAGGGCUGAGACUGGCAGGCCUCCUGUCGUGUUCCCUCCCGCUGCACCGACUCUCCUCCGCGCCACCUACUCGCGCCAGCAUGACGGGCUCACUAUUCAAGGCAAACUUUUGGAGCACAGACAUCCUCAGCACCAUUGGCUAUGACAACAUCAUCCAGCACCUAAACAAUGGCCGCAAGAACUGCAAGGAGUUCGAAGAAUUUCUAAAAGAAAGGGCAGCUAUUGAAGAGAAAUAUGGCAAAGAUCUGCUCAGCCUCACCAGGAAGAAGCCAUGUGGACAGUCUGAGAUCAACACCCUGAAGCGGGCCCUGGAAGUCUUCAAGCAGCAAGUAGACAAUGUGGCCCAAUGUCACAUUCAUCUUGCACAGACUCUAAGAGAGGAAGCCAGGAAGAUGGAAGAUUUCAGGGAAAAGCAGAAGCAACAACGGAAAAAGACAGAGACUGUCAUGGAUGCUGCCCAUAAGCAAAGGAAUUUACAGUUCAAGAAAACCAUGGAUGCCUUGGAAAGCUUGAAAAUUAAACAAGAUAGUGGAAAAUACAAUGGUAUUAUCUUUUUG